AUGUGUUUGGUGUUCGUGUGUGAUGAGGACGAAAGGGUGAUAUCUAGGCAAUCGGCACCAGGGUCGUGUCCGUACUAUGGAGGGAUGAUACAUGCCAAGGACGUUGAGAGUCAAUGGAGGUUCUGUUUCCUGCCUCUAUAUUUUAGGACCAAGAAAAAGUACUAUUGCAGUAUGCGUGCUAGGCGUUUGGUCGUCAAAUACUAAGACUAUUUGUAGAUUGAAGCGAUGAAGAUAGUGGUUCUCUCCUCAUCAGAACAAUUGGAGACCGAUCUCAAAUGGGUUAGCCUGAUGAUUAAUGACUACUACUUUAAUUUGUUUGGUUUGUUUGCUCAUCUUUUUUUUUUUUUUUUUUUUUUUAAUUUUUUAUUUAUGUAUAUGUAUAUAUAUAUGAAUCAUAGGAUACAUAGGUAUGAAUAUAUUGAUGAUGAAAUACUUUUUUGGUAAAAUAUUACUUUGGUGUAUCUUGAAGUUUAGUAUUCUUUUUUAAUUCUAUCACUUGUUUUUUUGUUUUUUUUGUUUUUGUUUUUGUUUUUUUUUUUGAGAAGUAUGAUUUAUAGAAAUAAGGGGUAUUAAUGAUUACUAGUAUUGGACUGUGUUGGAGUCUGUUUUAAAUUUUCCUUAUCAAAGGUAGCCUAAAUCACAUUGAUUUAGUUUUGAAUUUUGUAGAUGGCUAACUAUGGUAGUGUAAUUAUAGAGAAGUCAUUUUCUUUUGCUUUUACCAUGG